AGAAAAACAAAAAGCGUUUCAAACUUUUUAAAAUAAAAUUAUUUGCAGUGUUGGUAAACAUGGUAAAGAUGGCGCCAAUUAGCCACCACAUUCGUGGUGAAUGGCAGCAGACAUGAAGAAGCAUGAUUUUCUUUUUUUUGGCGGGAAUCAUUGGGGUUGAUUUUGUUGCUUCUAGAGCUGUGAUUUGUUUACAUUCAAUAUUAAUAAUUAGUGUUAAGCGUUUGUGAUGGGCAUAACCGGGCUGAUACCUUUUCUGGAGAAGGCGUCGGCCAAGGUGCACUUGAAGGAUCUGAGCGGCAGCACCGUUGCCGUGGACACCUACUGCUGGCUGCACAAAGGUGUCUUCAGCUGCGCCGACAAACUUGCCCGCGGCGAGGAUACGGAUCUUUAUGUGCAGUAUUGCCUGAAAUAUGUGCACAUGCUGCUCUCCUACAAUAUUAAGCCCAUUUUGGUGUUCGAUGGCCAACAUUUGCCGGCCAAGGCGCUCACCGAACAACGGCGUCGCGAAUCGCGCCAGCAAAGUAAAAAACGCGCCAUGGAACUGUUGCGACUGGGUCGCACCGAUGAGGCACGCUCCCAAAUGCGGCGCUGUGUGGAUGUCACACACGAGAUGGCGCUGCGUCUCAUCCAGGAGUGCCGCGUGCGACACAUUGACUGCAUUGUGGCGCCCUACGAGGCGGACGCACAAAUGGCCUGGCUCAACAAGGCGGGCAUUGCACAGUAUAUAGUUACAGAAGACUCGGAUCUGACGCUGUUCGGUGCACAGAGAAUAAUCUUUAAGCUGGACCUGAAUGGUGCCGGCCUGCUAGUCGAGGCCGAGAAGUUUCACCUGGCCAUGGGCUGUACCAAGGAGCGCUAUCGGUUCGAUAAAUUUCGGCGCAUGUGCAUAUUGUCCGGCUGCGACUAUCUGGACUCGUUGCCGGGCAUUGGCCUGGCCAAGGCAUGUAAGUUUAUGCUUAAAACGGAACAGGACGAUAUGCGCAUAGCAUUGAAGAAAAUCCCACAAUAUCUCAACAUGCGUAAUCUGGAGGUGGAUGAUGAUUACAUAGAGAAUUUCAUGAAGGCGGAGGCCACUUUCAAGCACAUGUACAUCUACAAUCCGCUAGAGCGACGCAUGGAAAGACUGAGCGCUCUGGAGGAUCAUGAAACCGAGGAAGGCCACUGCAGCAAUGCGGGCUCAUUGCUGGCGGAUAACGAAAAGGCACUCCAUCUGGCCUUGGGCAAUCUAAAUCCCUUUACGCUGAAGAGCUUGGACAAUUGGCAUCCGGACAAAGCGACUGACUCGAAGACAGCGUCAGCAAAGCACAUUAAACGCACCAAGCACAAAAGUAUUUGGCAAGCACAUUCGAACAAUACACAUGAAGUUGAGCUAACGACGCAGCCAAAACCCACAAGUUGCGCGCUGUUCUUCAAGAAGGUGGACUUCGUUGGCCAGACCAUACAGUCCGAGAUUGAGGCCAAUCAGCGCCAAGAGCAGGCGAAGCACACAGAGGCCGAGCUGUUCAGCUUGUACAGCUUCAAGGCUAAACGCAAACGUAGUCCGAGCAGGAGCGGUAGCAACUCGACGCCGCCGCCAUCGCCCGUGCAGAGUAAAAGUCGGCACAAUCCGUUUGCCAUUGAGACAACGCAACAUCCGCCGGCAGUGUGUGAAAAUGCAUCACUGCUGCGUCUAGUCAGUCCGCUGAGGUCAGCCGAAGAGCCAGCCAGGCCUGAGGCGAAGCGUGUGAAUGCGCUGAAGCGCAGCAUUUUUGCCAAGGAACAGCCGCAGGUGGAGGUGCGCAGUCGCUUCUUCAGCGCGCAAGCCCCAGAGCCACAUUCGGAGCCAAAAGUAGUUGCCGAAAAAAAGGCACAACCGGAACUGGAACUGGAGUCCACAACAAGUGCAACAGCUGUAAACGACGCAAACAACAACAAUCACAACGACGACGACAUCGUUUUGCUAGCCUCCUCCGGUUCGGAUGAGGACACCAGCUCGCAAAGCGCAACGCUGCCGAGCAGUCAAGAGGCUGCGCUGCCCGCAAAACCCCAACUAAAGCUGGCGACAAGCGCCCGCCGCGUGGGUCUGUCCAAGCCGAGAACGAAGAAGACGAAGACGAAGUCCGCCUUACUCGGCGACAAUCAAACCAAGCUCAGCGCGUUUGGAUUUCAAAAACGAAGCGUUCUCAAAUAAGCUGCCUUUUUUUUUAAGUUAAUUGUUGGCAAUAUGUUUAAAAUAUUUAUUAAUUAACUAUUUAAAGACUAAGGCUGUGCAUGCAUAAUACUGCCCCAUUUUAAAUAUCAACUCAAGUAAAAGACAAUUAUUAUUGAAUGAAUCACAAAGAAUGAAACCUUCAUGAAAUCUGGCAUAGAUCUAUUUACAUGCCUUUACCAGAUAACUGCAAGGGCUUUAAAUCUUUGACUCCCUUAGAAUAAUAUCUAGGUUAGCUAAGGUUAGGAUCUGCAAUCGGAUACGGGCUGUUAUAAAAUAAAGUGCGCUGUCAUAUGAUUUGGAAGAGAUGCGCCCACAGCCAAAUGUUAGCCCGUCUCCAGAUAACAAAAGAGGCUGCUGUCAAGGUGACCGACAACAACAACAACAACAGCAACAAAAACAGAGGCCGCAACUGCGUCAAGCUCAAUUGGCCCCCGCACGACUGACUAACUUUAAUUAAUAUCUCGCUAUAAAUAAACUAAAAUGUGUGUGUAUGUGUAUGUGUUUAGAGACCCCCCCUCGCCGCUUAGAGCAAACAUUUACCUUUUGUGUUUUUAUACUCUAACAGAGUAUAUUACAGUCUUUUGUUACGAUCUAUUUUGUAUGAGGAGGUGGUUCCGAUACGAAAGAAUGUUUAUAUAUAAGUCGAACCCAUUUAGAGUUGUUGGAAUAAGUAGAAGGUUUUGUGGAACGUAUGUAAUUGGCAAAAGGAAACAAAAGGUAAUCAAUCUAUUUUACGUAGCAUCAAGAAGAGCUAGAGACAUUUUGAAUAGGGGUCUCGAAGUAGAACCUAUAAAAAUCGAUUUAUUAAUACUCUAGCAAGAAACAUCCAAUUCGACAUAUAAGACUCUCGCAUACGUCUCUCAAGAGGUUAUCUCUAAGGUUUUGAGAUAGGGGGAUUAUAUAAAUCAAUCUGAGAGAUUGAUUGGAUGAUACCUUCGAAUUCUGACUCCUCCGAUUCUACGUCUCUUUAGAAGGUGCCUAGGCAGAAUUGAGAACUAGAGACAGCUUAACUAUCGUAUACAUAUAUCUCUCGAGAGUAUAUCUCUCAGGUUUUGAGAACUAGAGAACUAGAGAGUUAGAGAUAUACAGUUCAAAAAUAUUUAAGCCUGUUUUUGGUUAACUUUUCCUAACAGGUUUGGCUAAAAACUUAGGAGGUAGGCCCUUUAAUACAUUUAUCCAAUCAUCUUUGGUAAAUCACAUUUUUGGGCAGAAAUCAAAUAUAGCGCGCAAAUUGUAUAUGAAAAUAUUUACGAGUUGCAAUAUUUUCAGUACAGCGGGCAGUUAAAAACAAAUU